UACCAUUGGCUUACUCUUUGUAUGGCGAGCAUCGCUGGGCUCCGCCCUUGCUGGAGUGAUAAUCACAGUACCCAGUUGAGGCAUUUUUCCAAAGAGCACGGUAUCCUUACUGCCCAGGUUUCUAGCAGACGAAAGAAAUUGAGAUUGAGAUGCAAGGCAUCCUCGCAGUCCUCACAACAGCAAUCUAGUCUUCUCAGCUUCCUUUGUCCGCUACUCAAGCUCAUUGGGAGUGGCGAUCCAUCGGCACCACGGAAUGGUUUGCUCGAGUCUGCGACGUCCGGAAUUGCAAGCUUGGCAAGGCUGCCUUGGGGAAAGAACGUCAACACGCAGAUUGUAUCUUCACGGACGAAGCAACCACUUGAGCUCUUCAAGCUCUACGAAUUCGAGGCCUGUCCCUUCUGUAGACGAGUGAGAGAAGCAUUGACAGAGCUCGAUCUUUCUGCCGAGGUGUAUCCGUGCCCAAAAGGAUCUCGAGUCCAUCGUGCGUUUGUGAAAGCGUCUGGAGGCAAAGAGCAGUUUCCAUUUCUCUUGGAUCCAAACACCGGCAUGUCAAUGUACGAGAGCUCCGAUAUUGUCAACUACUUGUUCCAGGAAUAUGGUGAGAGAAGGCGGCCAACAUUCGGGAUUUUAGAAAGCACUUUAGUCACUGGCUGGGUUCCGACGAUAAUACGAGCAGGGCGAGGCAUGUCACUGUGGAAUGGAGCAUUGCCAGAUCCUCCACAGAAGCUCCUUGAGCUAUACUCAUACGAGAACAACCAGUUUGCAAGGCUCGUAAGAGAAGCCCUGUGCGAGCUGGAACUUCCUUACAUCCUCUGGAACACGGGCAAAGGGUCACUUAAUUGCUCCAAGCUCAAGCAAAUCUCGGGUUCAACACAGGUUCCAUAUCUGGUUGAUCCCAACACCGGCAUACAAAUGGCAGAGUCUCUUGACAUAAUCCGCUAUCUCUUCGCUAACUAUAAUUCGAAGUGAUGUUGAUGGAGAGUUUCCUUGGAUUGAUCAGCUAUCAUCGUGUUUGGUACUAAUAGUGUAUCGAGCUUUAAUCCCAAGAACAAGGAAAUGGCAGUUGCUACCAUCAGCAAACGGAGGUGCCAGCUAAACAGCAGUGUUCCCACGUACGGAAAAUGUACGGGGUGAUCUUGACUAGACAGAUAAAGAGGUUAGGGCAGGCAUUCCUUUUGUACCCCAUUUUUGAAGAAAUGAGGCAUUUGGCACAUCACCUGGUCGCUUUUCUGCUACGGCCGGGAACGAGCUCAAGGUUGGGAGGAAGAGAGGCAAUUCUGCUUCGCAUGCAUCCAGGAUGUCCCUGGAUGUCCUGGACUGAGAAAACCCAAAACGAUGGCUGGGACAGCAGUGCUUGGGCAGAAUUUGAGAGCUUUGGAUGCGCACACAGUGGCUAUCAUCCCUGGACACAUUGAUGAAAGGAAAGUGUUAGGUCUUUCUUUCUUGACUUCUCGACUCACUGACCAAACUUUUUGUGACGAGGUUUGAAGUUCUGGAGAGCAAGGACGAGCUUGAUCUCAUUGGACAACAACCACCAGAACCGCUGCGGCAGUUUAACCAGCGCUUUCAGUCUUAUAUUCGUAAAUUCGUCCUGUGUGGCGACUUGAUACGGCUGUGCAUCACUUUGCCAAGUUCCAGCCUUCUUGGAUUGGUCCUUAUCAGGUACUUUCUCGUGCUGGCACUAAUUCGUAUUGGCUAGCAGAGUUGACGGGCAGGAAACCGAGUUCAUCUCAAACGGUAUUUCUUUUGACUGGUACAGUUCACGUUUCGUUUCUAUUGUUUUAAUGCUGUGAGUGUCUUUGCGAGAACUAUUUUGUUACUCACAGGCCCGAACCUGAUUCGGGAGCAGGACACUGUCUCCUGGGAUAAGUUCUGUCGCAUUCGCGAUGCGGAGACAGCUUGUUGAGGGGCACGAUCCUGUGGUACGUAAUGCUUCUCUCUCCCCUGUCUCUUGAGGUUUCCGAUCGUCACAGUUCUGAGGUGCAUUCUUUGUCUCAAAUCGCUGAGAAUGUUAAUCUGCAUUUCCUUGUUUUCUGUCAUAACUGUUACAUUUGAACUGCUUUCUAUGUUUUCUUGUUCCGUGGUCUCGUUCGUCUAGUUGUGGCCUGUCGUUAACAAUCUUUCACUGGGGAUGGCCAAAGCGCUUGGUCUCUCUGGCGUUGGAAAGUUUCAUGGCGGUUGGUUCUCGUCGACAGUUGGCCAAGUCGCUUGGUCCUUUCGGCUUGUCAAUCGACUGCCUAUGACGGGCUGCUUCAAGGAUGGAUGAGACACGAGAAAUUCAUGUGUGAUGCCUUUCUGUGCUUAUUGUCUUUCUUUCAUACCAUUGCCUCGGAGCUUGAACAUCGAUGCUACCUCAGAAUCUUUGACUUUGGACCUCCAAUCACUUGGGAUUGAGACUCAUUCGCCCCUUGAGAGUGCACUCCAUCAACACUGAAUCUCUUAGUAUCUGCGCACUUGGGACGUGCUUUCCCCAGUCAGUCGCCAAAUACGAAACGUACGGGAGAGUGUUAUAAGAGGGUAGACAUUCUUUGGAUGAUGUUAGUGCAUAGGGCAUGAAGGGAACCGCCAUGGAGAUGUGCUCCAGGUCGAGAUAGCUUCGUGUCGGCUGGAUAUGCAGUGGAAUAAUUCCAGCACUGCCAAGGAAGAGAACAUAGAAUUCAGGUGGUUUUACAACAAACCUGGAGAAUCGUCUCUUUGUUCAAUGCAAAUCCUUGAUUUUGGAA